GUAUGCGGCGCCAGCAGCGUCAAUGGGAAGUUGGGGUGAGGUCUGACCGACUCGCAAAUCCCUUUGCGGCCACCUUCAACCUGCAUGCUCUCUCAGAACAUAUCUCCAAAUGCAAUGCCGUGACGUUGGCAACCCACGGGCAGCUCUACACAGACAUGCUGACACAAAAGGUUUGGUUAUGCAGAGUACGGACUACUCCGUGCAUAUCAGUCUACCACCACUGAUCACUACUGAUAUCCAUUCCUCCUUCACUCGAGCUUCCCUACCACUAAUUCUCGCUUCAUCAUGGCAGGAUCAGGGUUUGACCUAGGGUUAGGCCUCGACGGUUCUCACAUCCUCGUAACCGGAUCUUCAGGGGCGAUUGGAUCUGUAGUGGUCAAAGCAUUUCUUACAGCGGGCGCAUAUGUAUCGGCAUUUGAUAUCGUCGAACCCCGCGAACCUAUCCAGAAUGAGCGACUACACUUCCAACAAGUGGACAUUACGGACGAGUCCAGGGUCGAGGAGGCUAUGGAAUCAGCCAGGACAAAAUAUGGGGUAGUAACAACAUGUGUAUUGGCUGCUGGUCUGGACUUGUCCUACUGUUCCCAGCACUCCCUCGUCGACAUGCCCCUCAAAGCGUGGCAAAGAGUGCUGCAUGUCAAUGUCGACGGGACAUUUUUGACCUGUCGAGCCUGGCUUCGAGGCAUCAGAAGUAACGCAACACCCCAGACCAGAAAUAUCUCUGCAAUUCUUUUCGGCAGCGAGGCAGGAACCUUUGGAGUUCCAUUAUGCGCACCAUACGCCGCCUCCAAAUCAGCGAUUCAGUAUGGUCUUGUCAAGUCGCUCGCUCGCGAUGCCGUCAACAUCAAUCCGCGUUGUCGCAUUAACGCUGUCGCGCCGGGUCCUGUUAACACAGCACAAUUUCAGAAGGAAUGUGCGGACGAUCCAUCUGCUUUAUGGCGCGAAGCCCAAGCAACCGUGGCAUUACAUCAACCAGUCCCGAUUGAAGCGGUCGCAAGAGCCUGUCUAUUCCUCGCAAGCGACAACUUUGCUGGCAAUAUAACUGGACAAGUGUUGCCGGUGGAUUCUGGAAAGAGCGGCGCCCUGAUGUGGCCAGAAGCACCAUAGGGUUGGUCCGAUUUACCUCUGAAGCCAUGCAUUGGCAGCAUACACCGGGAAAGGAAAGUCUUCUUGGUCGGCACAACCUCCAACGGAAAGGAAGGUUGGAUCCAUUCGACCCUAAUAAAGACCUUCUGGUGCACCCCAUAGAAGAAAGCUGACUCCCCUCAGUCAUUUAUCCAUUUAGCCUGGAAGAAACAUUUUAUGGAGCCCAGCCUGGCGGUUCGAGAAAGGAUACUGUGUAGUCUGACGUGGAAGUAGGCUCGUGUUG